AUGUCAUUAAAUCGUUUCUUUUGCAAACUCACGCCCAUUUCUACCAUUCUCCCAAAAUGCAGAUUUUCUUCAAACGUACGAACUGUGGCACUUAUUCCCGGUGAUGGGAUUGGUCCAGAAAUCUCAACUUCCGUCCAACAAAUUUUUCAGGCUGCUAAUGUACCCAUAAAAUUUGAUCCCGUUGAUGUGACGCCAGUUAAAGGCCCGGAUGGCAAUUUUGACAUGCCGCGAGCUUCUUUAGAUGUAAUUCGCAAACACGGGAUCGGUCUUAAAGGUCCUCUUGCUACUCCUAUUGGGAAAGGCCACCGCUCACUUAAUCUCGCUUUGAGAAAGGAAUUUAACUUAUAUGCCAAUGUCCGACCUUGUAAAUCGGUUGAAGGUUAUGAAACUCCCUAUAAAAAUGUUGAUCUUGUGACCAUUCGGGAGAACACAGAAGGUGAAUACUCUGGUAUCGAACAUGUGGUUGUCGAUGGAGUAGUCCAGAGCAUUAAACUGAUAACUUACGAGGCAAGUUCUAGGGUCGCUGCCUUUGCUUUCAAAUUCGCUGAGGAGAAUAAUCGUUCAACGGUGACAGCUGUACAUAAGGCCAACAUUAUGCGAAUGUCUGAUGGUCUCUUUCUCCGUGCUUGCCGCGAGGAAGCCGAAAAACAUCCAAACAUCAAAUUCCGGGAGAUGUUCCUCGAUACCGUGUGCUUAAAUAUGGUUCAAGAUCCACUACAAUUUGAUGUCCUCGUGAUGCCGAAUCUCUACGGAGAUAUUCUCAGCGAUUUGUGCGCUGGCUUGGUUGGUGGCUUGGGAGUUACACCAAGUGGAAAUAUUGGACAACAGGGAGCCAUCUUUGAAUCGGUUCACGGAACCGCACCAGACAUUGCAGGUCAAGAUAAGGCCAAUCCUACUGCUCUCCUCUUUUCCGCAAUCAUGAUGCUUCGUCAUAUGGAAUUGAAUGAACAUGCUAAGUCCAUUGAAGAUGCUGUAUUCUCUGUUCUUCGUGCUAAGAAGCACCUCACAAUGGACUUGGGGGGAAAAGCCAAGUGUUCAGAGUAUACGGCCGCAAUCUGUGAACAGCUUGCUUAG